AUGCGUCACAAUGAGAAGAUAUUUGCGAAUAAAUCAACCAAACUGGUGCACAAUGCUCAGCAACAAAUAUCACAGACAGCAAGCGGUGCGAAAGCGGUACGUCAUUUAAUGAGUUAUGCAGAAAAUUUGAGUCAUGUUUUUGAGGAAAACAAUUCUUCUCGAGCGCAAAAAACAGUAAUCAAACUUCGAAGACGCCCUCCAUUGUAUAUUCGGUUUACCGUAAAUGCCUAUCAUAAGUACGGGUUGAAACACAUAAUUCUCGUCCUAUUUUUUCUUUUUUACAUCUUUUUUGGUGCACUCCUCUUUCUUGUUAUUGAAGCACCAUAUCAAAAUGAACUCAAAUAUCGUUGGGAAAAGAAAAUUGCUGUAAAUAGGAAGUUAUUCACUGAUGAUAUGAUGAAGGAUUUUUUCAAUAAUUCCAGAUUUCUACUAUAUAUUAAAGGAAGGACGACGCACAUUUUAACGUACUUGGAGUAUUAUGAAAAGAGUUUGAAUAUAAGAUGGACGGAACAAAAGUUAACUUGGAACUACUGGAAUUCCGUUCUUUUCGCUGGAACAAUUUGUACAACAAUAGGAUAUGGACAUAUUUAUCCAUCAACGAAUGCGGGAAGGAUUUUGACAAUGGUUUAUUCACUGGGUGGUAUUCCACUUGUUCUGCUGCUUCUCCAAGAUUUGGGGAAUUUGUUAACUAUUUUCAUGAAAUACCCUUGGUUCCAAUUCAAACGAUUCUUAAGAAGAGCUUUACGCUUGAUCACGAAACAAUCGUUGAGUGAGAUAGCCUUUAUAGAAAUGGAAGAACGAAAUAAUCUACGCAUAUUUGACGUACCUAUCCCAGUCGCAGUGGGAUUAGUAGUUAUUUGGCUAUGGAUAUGUUCAAGUGUUUUUUGCUAUUUAGAUAAAAGAUGGACAUUUUUGGAAGCCUUUUAUUUUUUCUUCAUAUCGUUAAGCACGAUUGGCCUGGGUGAUAUGGUACCAUCUUCGCCGAAUACUUUAAUUUCUAUGUUUGGCUUAAUCGUUUUUGGGUUAUCGUUAGUAUCAAUGGUGCUCAACCUGCUUCAAAGUAAGAUGCGCUCCACUUAUGAGGGUCAAAAAAUUUCCACUGAAGGCGAAACAAUUUUUGGACCAGCACUCGGCAUUAUUCAGGUUUGA